GUUUCAUGGUUGCACCCAUCUGUUACUAUGAUGUUACUAUGGUUACAUGGGCACAACUAGGACAGUUUGCUGCAAACGGGAGACAGAACACGAGCUAAAUUACAAUUGUAAGUGAUCCGGAUCCCUCGUUAGAAUCAUCAUGGAGUCUGGGGAUAAACUGAAAGAGCUAAACAUGACAGUGGAUGAAAUCGACAGGAUGACAAAAGCUCUCAAAGAUGAAAAAUUCAGAGAAAUGCUGCAAGACUACGCCGAAGAAUUAUCAGACCCUGCGAAUAAGAAAAGGUAUGAAGAGGAGAUCUCACUGCUGGAGCAGGAGAGAGGAAACACCAUUGAGUUCAUCCACCCAGAGCCAUUCAGAUCCAUCAGGACGAGUGUGAACGGCAAGCAGAAGUGUUUCAUUAACAUCUGCAGCAAUGACAAAGUGAGCAAACCUGAGUGUAAAUCUGGGGUGUCAGAGGGGGGGCGCAGAGGACAGAACUGGUCUCUGCCUCACAGCCUGCACCCAGGGAGGGAAGACACUGAUACAAAGGGGAAAAAGAUCAUGAUCUAUGAUGUGGUUUUCCACCCUGACACUCUCCAUAUAGCAAGAAAAGACAGGAGAUUCAUGGACAUGGUGGAAAGCACAGCCAUUGAGGGAAUCCAGAAAAUGUUUAAUGUGACUCUGGAUAAAAAAAAUGUGAGGGAGAUGAGUACAAAAUACAAGGGUACACCGCAGACGUGUGUCAUCAGAAACCCAAUACCUGGGCAUAAAAUCAAAGAGGUUUCAGAGAAGCUGGAUCCUCUAGCUUUCCCGUACCCAGCUGAAAAACAAACAUCUGAGCAAACAGGAUCACAAAACAAAGAUACUAUGAGAGCUAAAGUCUUCCAGAUCCAGCCUCAGAAAACCAAAGAACCAACAAAGCCAAACUACUCAGUAAAAUACAGAUCUGUUAUAGACCUGCAGGACUUCAGGUGUUCUAGAGACUCUGCCCAAAGCCCAAGGCCCAAGGAGAUAGUGGUUACCAUUGAUGUCCCACUUCUGAAAGCAGUCGCAGACGCCAGCCUUGAGGUAACAGAAACAAAUCUGCUGCUGGAGUCCAAGAAACCCGCCUACAGACUGGAUCUACCUCUAGCCUACCCUGUGGAUGAAGACAAGGGAGAGGCCAAGUUCAGCAAGCAGAGAGGACAGCUGACUGUCACACUGCCGGUUCUGCCUUCUCGUGAAGCUUCUGACUUUGUUCUAGGGCUGCUGAAGAGUAGUGUUAGCAAUGAAGAGCUGCAGGAGAGGGAAAGCAAGGUGGAGGAGGAGAGGGAGAUCAAGAGAAGUGAUGAUGAUGAGGAGGAGACAGUAAAGGAGGAAAGUGCCAUUAAGGGAGAGAGAGGAGAGGAGAGGAUUAUGGAAGCUGAGAAAAGUGAAGAUGAGGAAAAUCUACAGCCAGGAAGGACGCUGAGUGAAGAUGGAUGUGACGGAGCAGCUGUGAACAAAUGCGUUGAUGCUUCUCCUGAAACAGAAAACAAGCCUGUUUUAGUCUCUGCUGAACAAUCAAGGAGCAAAGUCAACAAGGAAGAAGUAAAUCUGAAGACUCCAGACAUCAGAGAGGAAACUGAAACGACAGAGGAGACUCAAGAAAGGAACAAAAAGAUGGAAACAGAUGCUGCAUUAUUACAGCACAGCUCCAGUGAGGACCCCCAGACUGCUGCUGCUGCUGUGACUUCAAUGCCUGCAACACAUGAGCCUCAUAAAUCGAGCAAAGUUGAUGCAAGCCAAGCGAUCUCCUUCUCCUCUGAGGAGCUCUCCACAGGCUCGGUUGAGACAUUAGACGAAGACGAUCUGCCAAAAGAGGGAUUCUUACAAAAACCAGAGCCCAGGAACAGCAAAGCAACGCCUGCGUUAUUGAGGGAAAUCGACAAGGAUGGAAAUGAGAAGGUCAUCAGCGAUCAUUCAACAGCGGCUGGGUUCACUUUUGAAAACACCCUGAUGUUUGAGCUGGACUGAGGAUUGUGUGACAUAGGACAAAACUUUCCUGUCAGCGACUUGACUGAAAAAAUGUAUGUUCCAACAAACCAAGUGAAUCUUUUUGAUGUUCCUGAAUAAACAACUUCGGACAAUGUAA